AUGUUGCCGUCGAACACAAUCCGCUCUUAUGUUUGCCUCUGCUCUAGAUGUAGCAAGCUCACUCACGUUUUCAACGGCAUUCAAGUUCCAGGAUUGCAAGUUUCACCUGUUGUUCAUCAGUCUCACCAGUUGAAUGAUCAAAGGUUACGAAUUUUAGAAUCACUCGACAAUUUCCUUGAUGAUUCAGUCUCAGACAAAUCUGGUCUCUCAAAUCCUUCGACCGAAGAAAACGACUCCAAUUCACUACUGGGAACUCAGCCUGAUCUGAGAGAGCCUCUUGAAUCAUCCCCCACCAGUCGAAUGGGUGUUCAGUUGGAGAUUCAGACGGAUGAUGUACUAGAUCCCGACCUGGAGAUCACUACUUUUGAUCCCAGUCAUUUCAUGCAACAUACUCUCAACGGGGAAAACCCAUCAGUCAUCCAUGCUUGUCUCAUUGCUUCAUGCAUGUCAAUUUUCGAUCACACUUCUCUCUACAACUCGUCAUGGCUUUUACAAGCACAAAGAAAUAGCUUAGAAAUUCACAUCAAAUCCUCAGAAUCUAGUCUUGAAGGUUUACUCCAGCCACUGGAUUAUACAUCACAGCUGGCAUUGCAGCGACUGCCAAAAAAAAUUCAGACUGUGAUGAGAUGGUUGAAUAUUGAACCUUCUUUGGAUUAUUACACAUGUUGUCCAGAUUGCUUUGCGCUUUAUCCUCUAGAACACACCUCCCCAGUAUGCUCUCAUCUGGAUGAUCAGGUGCCGGGAUCCCUAGACCUUUUGUACCAAAAUAAUCAACCUGAACUAUCCAUCAAGACUACGGGACCGCCACAGCAUGGCUCAAAGAGGCGCAUUCGAAAACAUUCAAGUCAUGGUACUCGUGAGGAGCCAGGAGAAGAAAUAGGAGUAUCUAUGGCCAAUGCCCAGUUAGGAGAGGAUACGUCUUCAGGAGAUGAUCAGUUUGAUCCACUUGAUAAUCAAUUCUACGGUGAGAUGGAGAUCACCUUUGUCAAAAGCUUUUGUCGAAUGGGAAAUCUAGCGGCCUUACUGCGAGACGAGACUAAACUUCCGGAAUCCUUGAGACCUUAUGCCAGUCAACUACACAGCAUAUUUGAGCCCCAGGAUUUUCAGCCAAAGUCUUCUGAUAUCUAUAAUUCUCAGCCGCUUGAUGACGACGUCUUAGAUCAAUUGGUCUUGCGCCUGAAUGCAACGCAGGCCAAUGAUUGGCAAUGGAAAUCUUCCAGCACAUGGUGUAGGAUGUCUGCCGAGGACAGGAUAAAGUACUCACCUGUUUCUUCUCAAGCGCAUUUCAAGACAGGAGUCAAACAUAAUAACGUUCAUUACCAAACCCACAAGAAGAGCCCAAAAAACACUGUGGUCCAUGUUGUUUCUCAAACGAAUGGAGCCACUUUAUUCGGCAAAAUCACCAAAAUAUUCUCUCAUCGACGAAUUCCUGGCCAUGAAAAUUCUCCUGUGGACGAAACCUGGCUGUUGGUACGGUACUACAAACCUCUUUCCGCAGGAAUGCCAAAUCCUUUUUCCCGGGUGGGAGAACCAGACCUUCAAGCUCACCUGCGACUUGAAAACUGGAGUAGACCAUACUUGACACGCCUUAGUGAAGUUGUUGCCAGCUGUGCUUGGAUAAUAUAUGAAAAAGGAGAGAUACACUAUCUUCUUGAUAAGAAGAGUAUUGCUCUUGUAUCACUGCACCGCUAG